AUGGGCUCCACCGUCGUAACCUGCCCCGUCUCGGUUGCGAAAGCGCUGACCGAGGGGGGCAGGCUACUGAUCGGCUGGAGCUCGGUGCGAGUGUCGGCCCUGGAGGCGCUCCCCAUGCGCUGCUUUAAGUGCAUGGGGUUGGGCCACACGCGCCCGAAGUGUCCGGCGUCUGUCGACAGGGGCAACCUCUGCUUUAAAUGCGGGAACGCGGGGCACAAGGUCGCCUCCUGCCCGGAGAAGACACCGCGCUGCGUGGUGUGCGCCGAGGGAGGUAAACCCUCGGGGCACAUCAUGUGCGGCCGCAGGUGCAGGCCUGCGACCUCGAAAGGAAAGGGGGCCCUCGGAACCCGGGCCCCCCGAGAGACCGCAAGCCAGACAGCCGCAGACGGCGUUGCCCCCCCGGCCGCGGCGGGGGAGGUGGAGGUUGUGAUGUCUGAGUAA